AUGUCUGACUCGGGCCGCAAAGACUUCUCUACCAAGGCCAAGGAGGAACUUACUCCCGAGUCUAUGAAGUCCACACAGGACAAGGCCAAGGAGGCGACCACGGACACCACGGACCGCGUGGCGCGGGGAUUCCAGUCUGAUGAGAGCAAGUCAGGUCCUCAGGAGGCAUUCGACAAGGGCCAGCGGGCUCACGAUAACAAGGAGCACGGUGGUGCUACCGAGUCUGUAGGCGAUAAGGUGAAGGGUGCUUUGGGUAUUGGAAAGUAG